CCAAAAUGAAGCCAAACCGCCCAUCAUUCGUCUGCGCAAGUUGCGCUCGCGCUCUGCGAAAUGCCACAAAAUCAGAAACCAACUUCACCUCCUCUCGUGCAGCCUCAACCGUCACACGAAUAAAUCCCAUUCGCACAUCCUCCCCCGAGUCGCAAUCCCAACUCCCAAGAUGGAAACAAACACCUGCCGCCCUGAAAAUGCCAAUAAGACUACGACCACAGCCGAAACAGCCAGUCUGGAGCGUAAACACCGACGACGAGAAAUUGAAUCAAGCCUACGACAACUUCUGUGGACGCGUGGGAGGAAAUAAAAGAGGAAGGGAUCUAUUGUCUGAUGAAGUAAAGUGGACAGCAAUAACCCACAAAUCCCACUCGCACGGAAACCAAGGCUUCAACGACCGUCUCGCCUACCUGGGCAAGCGCAUAUUGGACCUCCAAACCUCUAUAGCCCUCUUAUCCGCUCCAUCCCCCCAAAAUCCCUCUUACCCCAAAUCCGAAGUCUUCGCCCACCCGGCCCUCACAGGGUUAGAAAACGUCACGCAAGCCACAAAACUCCGAAUAGUAAACUCUCGUCGGCUUUCCACGCUCGCCAUGCAAUAUGGUUUGGAUAAGGUGAUACGAUGGAAGCCGAGACGUUCUGAUGAUUUGAAGGCCAGUGGUCAGGAGAGCGUGCUUGCGCAUACGGUUUUUUCCAUUGUGGGGGCGCUGGCCAUGCAGCAGGGUGGUGAGGUUGCGGCGAGGGCGGCGAGGGAGAGGGUUUUGCAGCCUCUGGGGUUGAGAUGAUUUAGUAAGAGCUGAGAAGAUGGAAUGCUGGAAUCGUGGAUGAGAUGAGAUUGGGGAGGUUUUGAUUCGGGUUGUGGAAGGGAGAGAUGCCUAGAGAUAUGUGAGAGAGGCCAAUGUAUGAGAUGGUAGCCAGGGUUUGUCUCGUCGUACAGGGAGCGCUGCUUCUUCUUAGUCUGAUAAGAACGAGAAGAGUCGAUUGAGCGAGGGAGGGAGCACACGUGGCUCAGCAUCAUGUGAGCGAGUCAAUGUAAUUCAUACAGAUUUGUACAGCAAACUUGCGGCGACACCAGCCGGGUUCAUUCAUAUGCACCAGCCAGUCAUCCAUAUGCACCAGCCAGUCCGGGUAUCUUCGAGUUCAUGUACCAUCAUCAAAGCCAUUUCAAGCGCCAUGCCUUUCCCCCCCUUAAUCCUCCGCCAAAGCCCCCAAAAUCAAACUCUGAAUCACAAACUCAUCAUUGACAAGUUUGACCUUUCCAUCAGUAGCAAACAUCUUGCCACUACCUUCAUCGUCAGACCUCUUCCUCUUCUUGCCAGCAGCAGUAGCACUCUUCCCACUGCCAAAGAUCUCACCUUUGGCAUCUUCGAAAAUACUCCCAUCAGCAUAAAUCCAUUUCCAAACACCUUCGUUUUCAGCCACAAGUUUCUUCGCAACACCGAAAUCCGCCACUCGCUUGACCUGGCCUGCACCCAACGCGAGCGUAAGGAAUGCGAAAGUCUUGCGUUUCUCUUCGUUGCCGCCGCCUUUGCGUGGGGCGACAAUGAGGAGACCUUCGCCGUUGAGGAGCUUGGCGCGGGAGGAGAUUGUGAUUGCAAGUUGGGCAGUCGAGGAGUCGUAUGGUGUAAGAGUUCGUGAGCGAAUCGAGCCCC